GAUUGGAAAAACUAAGUGUCAUAUUAAUCCAACAUGAAGUUUCUAUUGCCUGUUUUCGCGGUCGCGGCUCUAGCUGCUCUGGUUGUGGCUGAAGAGCCGGUGCUCAGGUACCACGAGACUGUUGGCAUCAAGGAGGCUGCUCGCAUCAAGAGUGCAGAACAGGCUGUGGACUUCGAUGGAACCAGAAUCGUCGGUGGAUCCGUCGUCAGUGCCGGCACUUAUCCCUUCCUGAUCGGGCUCGUGAUCUCCCUGACAAGCGGUCAAACCUCAGUAUGCGGGUCCACCAUGCUGACCAACACUCGCUCAGUGACUGCAGCUCACUGCUGGAGAGACACUAGCAGCCAGGCUAAUCAGUUCACCCUCGUCUUCGGAUCUUCUUGGCUUUUCGUCGGCGGCACUCGUGUCACCACCUCCGACGUAGAGGUGUACGCCAACUGGGACCCCAGCACCCUCCUGAAUGACGUUGCCAUCAUCAGCUACAACUUUGUUGGCUACACCAACGUGAUCCACGCCGCUUCUUUGCCCAGCGGUAGCCAGCUCAAUGAAAAUUUCACCGGCACCUGGGCUCAAGCUGCCGGCUACGGUAGAACUAGCGACACUGCUGAUAUCAGUACUGCUCAAGCCAAGAGCGCCGUGACCCUGCAGAUCAUCACCAACGCCUUGUGCCAGGAGACUUUCGGUCAGUUCGUCGUGGACUCGACUCUCUGCACCAGCGGCGCCGGUGGCGUUAGCACUUGCGGAGGAGACUCCGGCGGUCCCCUCACCAUUCAGAGUGGAGACAGCCGCGUCUUGGUCGGUAUCACCUCCUUCGGCUCAGCCGACGGCUGCCAGAUCGGACUCCCCACUGCCUUUUCGCGAGUCACAUCUUACGCUUCCUGGAUCAACGCUAGAAUCUAAAUAGAAUGAUACCACGAGACUGAAUAAAUUAUUAAAUAAUUACAACCCUA